GUCAAACCGUCAGUGUCAAAACAAAAACAGAGGUGAUCAAUUUUUAAUAUUUUGGACAUUUAUUUUAGCGAAAUAAAAACUGUAAUAUCGUUAUGAGUAAUUUUAUUCGUUAUGCCAAGAGAGUCGAGCAAGUGCAAAAGUUGGGAAAAAGAGAGAAGGGAACGUCUCAAUAAGUCUUUUGAAGAAUUAGCUAAAGUGUUACCUUCUUAUGACCCAUCGAUAAAUAAAAGUAAAAAUGAUAUAUUAAAACAAGCUCAACAAACUAUUACUGAAUUAAAAGAAGAAAUACAUUUACUUACAUCAUCUAAUGAAGAAAAUAAAACUUUUAAAGAUAAACAAGUAAAAAAGUUACAAGAACGAAUAAAAAAACUACUUAUUAGAAAUGAACAACUUACCAGUUUAUUUAAAAAUGCCGGCAUUAAACCACCCACAGUGGUUGGUACAGUUAAAAGAUUUAGAAAAAAAGGAAUUUGGAGUAAUAGAUUCCCACAACAAUCAAAAGAUUUACAAAAAAAGGAAACGGAAAAAGAGAAUGUAUCAGCAGAUAAUUCAAGGAUGAAACCAAAAAGGACCAAACUUGUUAGUACAAAUCAAGUAAAAAGUUCCAAAAUCGGUAAGGCGCCAAGCAAGAUCCAAAAAUUAAAGAAACUUAACAAAAAGGUAUCAUUGACAAACAAUUUACUUUUGUUGUCGCAAAUACCAACAGUGCCUGCCAUUAAUCAACAAUUAGUUUUUGUACCUAACACACCUGUUCAUAACCUUUCAAGAGGCCCAUCUCUUUUAACAGUUCAAACUUCAAAGCCAGUAAAAUCAACAAAACCAAAAGCAUUGAAUCCAAUAAACUUGAACCUGAGAUCUUCAAGUUUGGGCCCUGGUACUUUAAUUCUAGGAAACGGUAACAUAAUAUCUCUCCUACCUCAACCCCAAUUAAUGAUUCCGCCUUUGACUAUGCCUUCCCAAACCGUUGUAUUUUCAAAGGUAAUUAAUAAUUCAAAAUCAAAUAAAAAGACCUUCAUUCAAUCAAAUUCGUGUAUAACCAAAACUACACAAAUCAAUAAAGUUCCUAUUCCAGCCCUUACUUCUAGGUAUGCAAAUACAUCUUUGCUUUUAAAUCAUUCUGUUAAGUCUGCCAAAAAAACUAAUAAAAAACAAGUAAUAGUUGUUAAGGAGGAUAUGGUAAAGAGUACAAAACGCAAAGCCAAUGACGAAUGUAAAAUGGAGCCUAAGAAAAGCAAGACUGAAGUAAAAAUUAAUAAUGAAAUUAAUAAAUCUCAUGAAAAUACUGAAACAUUAAUAUCUGAAGCUGCGAUAAAUAAAGAAAAUACAUCUGAGAAAGAGAAAAUAUUACCUAUAGAAAUAAAAACUACUGAUUCUACAGUUAUUACAUCUUGUUCCAAUAUAUCUAAUGAAAAUACUGUCAAUGAUUUUAAAAAUACCGAAUCUAGUACACAAAGAGAAAUUACAGACAAAAACCAUGAAAAAGGAACAGAGGCCAAUCAAAUUUUAGAGAAAACAGAGUCCAUUAAUAUUUCUGUGCCUAAUAAUAAUCAAACGUUAGAAAAAUCCAUUGAAUCUGCUUCUACAAUUACAACAUCUUGUAAUCCAUCUAAGGAAGCUGAGGUGUCUAAUAAAACGUCUAAAACUGAGACCUCCUCAGCUGUAUCUAGCACUUCAAGUGUUACAUCUACUUUAAGUGUUUCAGUCCAUGAAGAUGCUAUGAAAAAUAUCGAUCUGAAUCUAGUUCAUUCAGAUUUGUCAAAUGAUAUUUUUGCAUCGUUGCAAGUGCCUCCCGGUUGCCAAAAUGCAGAGUCAACUUCUCCUACAGCUGCAUUCCUUUUAGCCUUUCCUUUAGUGUCUUCGAUUAAGGUAACAGAAGUAAUUGAUGAAGAAAAUUCAGAUAGUCAAAGGGAAACUCCUACUUUAUUACAAAUUGGUAAUAUGGAUACUUCCAAGCAGAGUCAUACUGAUAAUUUACUGAAUUUGGAUAACUUUCCUUUUUUCAAUUCUAAAGAUAUCUGCGGGAGUUAUUAUAAUUCCAAAUUGGAUACAAAUAGUAAUAACAAAAAUGCAGGGAUGACCUCGGCGCAAAAUUCUAAAUUAGAAAACCAAAGUUUUGAUAUUUAUGUGGAUAAUAACACGUCAACCAAAGAGGUUCCUCCCAAUACCGACUUUAAAGUUUCAUAUGAAAUAUUUUCUAAAGAUAAUUCUCACAUUUUGGAAUCCAAAAAUAAUGCAAACAAGCCUUCUCAAAAAUUAAACGAGGCUCAAAAUCAUACACAAAAUUCUAAAUUAGACAACCAAAGUUUUGAUAUUUAUGUGGGUAAUAAUACGUCAACCAAAGAGGUUCCUCCCAAUACCGACUUUAAAGUUUCAUAUGAAAUAUUUUCUAAAGAUAACUCUCACAUUUUGGAAUCCAAAAAUAAUGCAAACAAACCUCAAAAAUUAAACGAGGCUCAAAAUCAUAUAAAUAGCGUGGUUAAUAAUCAACAAUAUGUUUUAUACGAAGAUAAAAGAAAACACACACCAACCAAAGACGUUCCUCCGAAUAACGACUUUAAAGUUUCAUAUGAAAUAUUUUCUAAAGAUAAUUCUCACAUUUUGGAAUCCAAAAGUAAUCCAAACAAACCUCAAAAAUUAAACGAGGCACACAAUCAUAUAAAUAGCGUGCUUAAUAAUCAACAAUAUGCUUUAUAUGAAGAAAAAAAUAAAAAUACUUUAACCAAAGAUGUCAUUCCUCCUAACACCAACUUUAAAGUUUCAUACGAAUUAUUUUCUAAAUCCGAUUCUCAUAUUUUGGGAUCCAAAACUAAUGCAAACAAAUCUCAAAAAUUAAAUGAGACUCAAAAUCACAGCAAUCAUAUAAAUAGCGUGCUUAGUAAUCAACAAUAUGUUUUAUAUGAAGAAAAACAACAAAACAUGGCUGAUACAAAAUUCAAAAAUUUUCAACACAAGUCUGAAAAUCAAUUGGUUCAAAUUGUGCAAGAAAAAAAAGUUUCUAAUAGUGCAUCAUAUACUGAAACUGACAAUGUUUUGACAAGUAACAUCAAUACCAACUUUAAUUUACCUUUAAUAUCGAGUAAAUACAAUUUAUCUGACAAUAACGUUUAUAAAAAUAAUUACAGUGAGAAAGAUGUUCAAAUUCAAAUGAAUAAACAAUUGGAUAAUGAAGAAAAUACUGCAAACCAGAUGGAAUAUAUUUUUAAGUCUUCUAGUAAUAAUAAAGAUAUAAAUAAUGAAUUCAAUUCAAAUAAUAAGAUCAUUACAAAUCCUCAAAAACAAUUAACUACAUUUUCUUUAAAUUCUGUUAAAGAUAUAACAAAUCAAAAUAUAGAAAAUUGCAAUAAUAAAUCUAACAAUAAACCAAACGACAACACAUUUCAUUAUAAUCCAUUUGAGCCAGUAAAGACAUCAAAAGAAACAUCAUUAAAUAUAGUAGAUAAUAAUUGCAGUAAACCUGCAAAUAAUAUUGUUAAUAAAGAUAAGGUUUGUGAUGUUCCAAAGAAAAUAAAUGAGGUUUGUCCUAAAUCAAUGGAUACAACCCCAUGUUAUUUUUCGUCAAAUUAUUCAAGUACGCCUGGUUAUAAAUCUGAUUUCUCCAAACCAUGCCCGCCAUGCACAUACGACAAUCAGAGAAAUUAUUCAAAUCCGUUUUAUACAAAUUGCAAUUAUAGCUAUAAUUAUUCAGACACGAACAUCAAUCAGAAUUACUACAAACCCGAUACGAAAUCGUGUUAUUCUCUAAAUUAUGAAAACUAUCAGGAAUAUCGAAAAACUGAUACGACUUUUAAUAAUAUUCCGAGAGAUGGGAAAAAUAAUAUGCCAAAAGAAAAACCGGUUAUACAGAAUAAAACUGUAAAUUGGAUGACAGAGCAAAAAUCUCAAACAUCUGAUUGCUUUUUACCUUCGUUUACUAAUCAGUCUUACUCUUUUACAUCAUGUAUUAGCUCAGAUACUAAUGAUGUUAAUCCUUCAGACAUAAAGAAAACAGAACGGUUUUCUUGGUCUCCUACAAAAUUACCAAACUUUCUGGAACCGCAGCAUAAUUUUAUUACUCCGACAUUACCUACUUUAGUCGGAGAUCUAGCAUUGGGAAAUUCAUUGACUGUAGAUGCCAAAAAUGAUUAUAAAUAUUUAAAGGAACCAAAAAGAAAAACGACGUAUGACAAUCAAGUCAACUUUUUAUCAGUCAGUCAGCUGGUUAAUCAAAAUAAAACUGAUAAUUCUCCAGCAAGAACAACGACUAGAAGAUUAAGUGGCAGUAAAUCAAAGAGCAUAACGCCGACAAAGAAUAAAAGAUUUGAUAAAAAUAUCGAUAAGGGUACUGUUAAACCCAUUAAUAAUAAUUUUGACAUAUUUUACGAACAGAAAAAUAGAAGUGCGAAUAAAAACGUACUGAGUAGUUAUUCUGCCGAAGCAUUAAUUGGAAACCAAAAUAUUCAAGAGAAUAAGAAAUGUACAGACAAUGCUGCAAAACCGAUUUGUUCAUCGAAUUUCUUGACCGAAAACAUUGUUCCAUAUUUUACAACAGUCGAUGAUGGAUAUAUGAAUCAAAAUCAGAAUUUCCACAAUACUUACACACACAACUCGUUUCAAAAUAACAGUUAUACGGGAAAUAAUUUUAUAUAUACAACUCCAUCUAUCACUUCUAGUUAUCUAAGUAGUAAUUUUGACAGUACUCAUGAUUAUUCAACAGAUAACGUGAUGAAUUAUAAAAAUUGCGGUAAUAAGAAUUACCGAAUAACUAACAAAGAGGACAAAAAUGUUAUUUACCCUAGUAAUAUUAAGAAAAGUAAAAAAGGAAAUCAAACCAAUAAUACUUUAGGAAAUUUCGAAUAUCCCUUAUUACCGAUACAAGGUUCCACAAAUUCGCCAAUUCUUCCGGACGAUUACCAGUCCCACGCAACGUUCCUUCCUCCUACCGCUCCAUAUCCUUGUAAAAAUUCAUUGUAUCAAAAGCAGGGGAAUGAAUUUAACGCUGGUCCUUUAUUACCUCCGUUACCUGGAAUUUCAAGAAAUAAUAUACAGCACCCUCAAGUUUCUCCGUCUUUGAACAAUGCAGGAACAUCUUUGACCAACUUCAACCUUAGUACCAUUUUUCCGGAAAUUAAUAAGGGUCAAAUUCCUAAUGCGCUUAGUACUUCUAAUAAAUCAAAGAGCAACUCCACUUACUUGGAGGGGUCCUUCAAUGCCGAUCCAAAAUACAACUUCUCUGGAUGACUAUUGCAAUGAUGUAAAAUAAUGGAUUAGAGUGUAAUUUUUAUCUCCAGAAAACCCAAGAAAAUGAAGUUUAUUUUUAAAUAAUUGUGAUAGUUUUUUUUUUUGUAAAUAAAGUGUUAUUUAAAUUAUUAUAAAAGAAUAAAUAAAAAUGUCUACAUAU